UUGAGGACGACCAGCCGCGCGGACGUUUUGCGUGUGUGCCCUGGCGGGGGCAUGGCGGCCCAGCUCAGGUGCAACUUAGAGGACAGGACUUGGUUUCCCUGGUCCAUGGGCGAGUCCCCAGGCUCCCAGCGUGUUCCUGGUAGGUUCAAAGAUAGGGAAGGUGGUCAUCCGACCUUCACUUAGAGUCUAAAGUCUCAGAGGCUGACGGCCUUGAACACCCGCUGCAGGGGAAGGCCAGUGAGAUCCCUGAUGCUUUGGACUUGGGUCCCUGGGGAACUACGGGGUCUUCUCCAAGAGCUGCUGGGCCCAGCGCUAGCUGAGACGCAUCUCUGUGGAUCCCCUCAAUGGCCCCUGAGGAGGAAGAGGAGGAGUCUGAGGGCCCCCUGAGGGAGCAGGACCUGAAGGGGGCCUAUGUACAGCUUGUCCAGGGAGUGCAGGAGUGGCAGGAUGGCUGUGUCUACCGAGGGGAGUUUGGGAUGGACAUGAAGCUCGGAUAUGGCGAAUUCUCUUGGCCCACGGGCGAGUCAUACUGCGGGCAGUUUUACCGGGACCACCGCCACGGCUUUGGCACCUACACAUGGCCAGAUGGCUCCAGUUUCACAGGCAUGUUUUACCUCAGCCUCCGAGAAGGCUACGGCACCAUGUACACAAAGACGAGCCUCUUCCAGGGGCUGUACAAAGCAGACCACCGGUUUGGCCCGGGUGUGGAGACCUACCCCGACGGCAGCCAGGACGUGGGGCUGUGGUUCCGGCAGGACCUGAUCAAGCUGUGCACCGAGGUCCCCGGCGGCUUCUCCCUGCACAGCUUCCCGGAGCUUAGCUGCUUCCUCACACACACUCCCGCCAGAAUCCACCUCUCAGACCAGGAGAGGAUGGGGUGGGGCCUGCAUGAGGACCAGGACCCCUUUUUCUAUGAGUACAAGCGGUUUCUUCUGAACGAUGACCUGACACUACCCCCGGAAAUGCAUGUCUACUCAACUGACAGCUGCCACUUGCCCAUGACGUGCUCUUUCCGCCAAGAGUUGGAUGCCCGGAUCUUCGCCAAUGACAUCCCUCCAUUCAUUGAAGAUGAAGAGCCCUGGUUUAUAACGAACGAGACCCCUUUGUUGGUCAGAAUCCAGAAGCAGACGUACAAGUUCAGGAACAAGAAGGCCCACAACAGCUGGAACAUGGACGCUGUCCUGCAGGGAAACCGUAGUGGUUUUGCACGUCACGGGCCCAAGGAGCAGCUUUCCAAGGAGAUGAUCCUGAAGGCUGAGAAAGGGGACCACGACUGGAUUUAUAGGAUCCUGAGGGACAACUUCGCCAGUGCUAAUGUGGCCGACUCGAAGGGCUACACUGUGCUUGCUGCGGCCGCCGUUCACUGUCACAGUGACGUCGUCAACCUUCUGCUAGACUUUGGGGCUGAUGUGAACAAGUGCACAGACGAGGGCCUCACGCCACUCAGCAUGUGUUUCCUCCUGUACUACCCGCCUGGGGUCUUCAAGCCCAGCAUCGCAGAAGAGGCCGAGUCUGAGCCUGAGCCCCAGGAGCCCUUGAAACCCCUAGCCAUUCCAGACUUUAAGUACUCCCUUGCUGAGACAAGCCUGGAGCAUCUGUACCGUGAGGUGGGUGGCUAUGAGCCGAAGCCGUCCCUGCAGGUCCUGGGCAAUGAGGACGGCAGCCCGUACCAGGUGACCUGGCAUUCCAGGGAGCCCACGGACCUGAAGAGCAGCUCUCAGACCUUGGACGCCCCGUUAGCUAAGGGCAGCACCUACGAUGUGGAGAAAGGGCCAGAGGACACGCUGGGGAACGUGGACAAGUGCACCCUGCACAGUAACGAGACGCGCUUUGAGUCCAACGUCUGCGUGUUCAACUUCUCCAUCGACCUGUCACCGAGCCUGCUGGAGAAGGGCGCCCAGGCCCACAGCAUGCUGCAGGCCCCUGCCCCGCAGGGCUCCACAGGCUCCGACAAGGGGACCAUGAGGAGAAUGGCACUGUCCAUGGUCGAGCACAGAAACAGGUGGCGGACCAUCAAGUUGCUGCUGCAGCGAGGUGCCGACCCCAACCUGUGCCAGGUGCCCAUGCAGGUCCUGUUUCUCGCCGUCAAGGCUGGGGACGUGGAUGCCGUGCGGCUGCUGCUGGAGCACAGGGCAAGGACUGACAUCCGGUUCCCCCACAGGCUGGGGGCCCUGACACCUCUGCACAUCGCUGCCGCCCUUCCUGGGGAGGAGGGCGUCAAGAUCACGGAGCUACUUCUGCAUGCCAUCACUGACGUGGAUGCCAAAGCGGCUGACCAGGAUCACAUCUACAAGCCCGGCAAGCUGGACCUGCUGUCCUCAACCAUGAAGCUUGGCAAUGAGCCAGGCCCGCCCAGUGCCUACUACAGCGUGCCGCAGUCUUCCGUACCAGAGGAAGGGGGCAGGACGGCCCUGCACGUGGCCUGCGGGCGCCAAGGCAACAGCAAGUGUGCCAAGGACGUCGUCCAGCUCCUUCUCUCUCACAGAGCAAAUCCUAACCUGCUGUGGAGUGGCCACUCCCCUCUCUCCCUGUCUAUUGCCAGUGGGAAUGACCUGGUUGUGAAGGAGCUCCUGUCCCAGGGGGUUGACCCCAACUUGCCCCUGACCAAAGGCUUGGGCAGUGCCCUGUGUGUGGCCUGUGACCUGAACUACGAGCACCAGAGGAGUGUGGACAGCAAACUGGCCCUGAUUGACCGACUCAUUAGUCAUGGAGCCGACAUCUUGAAGCCUGUGACCCUCACCCAGGGGGACAAGGUGGCAGUGGGCACGGCUGUCGACUAUGGCUACUUCCGAUUCUUCCAGGACCGGAAGAUUGCCCACUGCCCCUUCCACGCGCUGAUGCCGGGAGAGCGUGAGACAUUUUUGGCCCGGAAGAGGCUCCUAGAGCACGUGGGCUUCCAUCUGCGAAGUGCCGUGUUCGCCAAGGAGAGCCAGUGGGAUGAGACCCUCCUGUACCUGAGCAAGAGAGCGGAGCUGAUCCCCAGCUACAGAAUGAGGACGAAGGGCCCCAGCCUGGUCAAGGACCUCGGCGAGCAGGAGCACAUCCCCUUCUUCAAGUUCUGCUACCAGUGUGGCCGCUCUGUUGGUGUCCGCCUCACGCCCUGCACCCGCUGCUACGGGAUCCUGACGUGCAGCAAGUACUGCAAGAACAAAGCCUGGGUUGAGUUCCACAGGAAGGACUGCGGCGAGAUGGUGGCCAUCGCAAAGAGAAAGAUGCACAUUUCUCACAUGAAGGUGGACUUUCAGAAGCCCUGGAAACAGCGGAGCCAAGUGGUGACCCCAAAGUCCGAGGUCCUGCUCGGUCGGACGAAACGUGUCUAUUCUGCAUGCCACCAGUGAGCAUCUAGCCGCCCCCUGCUCCACAGAGCCCUGCAGAGCCCCUGGGGCUGCUCCCACUCCAGCCUGCCCAAGAAGAGGUGCUGGGGCUUCUCUGGGGCGUGUGGUGGGGCAGGCAGGCAAGGAUAGCUGCCACCACAGGCCUGGCCACUGCAGAUGUCUUGGGGAAGGCCUGUGUGGAGCCUCGGACCCGCCUGGAGCUAUGACACCUGAAGACCUGUGUCUGGGCGUGCUGCCUACUCCUCUGCAUGGGGAGGCCCUGCUUUUCACACUCAUGUAGGGCCAGGAGAUCACAGUUAGAUGUCUGCCUGGCAGACCAGUGCAGACCGCACUCCUAAUAAAACAGCCCCUGGGGCACACCCAGGAGAGUGGGUGCUUCUGCCAGCGCCGCUGUGUUGACCUCUCUGCCUCUAGGGAGCCUGGCACUGGCACCCCCACAGGCACAAGGGCAGGGCUGCAGAUCCCUUGAGAUGACCCUCUCCCCAGGGACACAGCCUGUCGAGGACAGAUGGGACCAUCAGGACAGCCCAGCCUUGGGACAACUGGCAACUGGGUCCCCUUACUCUGGCCUCCUGGGCAUAUGAGGCCACCUGCAGGGACUAGAAUUUUCCUGGGGGUUAGAGGAUCUACCUGUCCUGUGUGACCAGAGAAGAGAUGGGAGUUGGGGUGGGGGAGGUGAGUGGCCCUUGCUGGAAGCUGCCUGGGUUCUCUGCACUGUGGCCUCUCCUCCUCCCCUGUACCAAGGUGGGUGCUCAGUCAAGAACAGAUCCAAGUCUGUCCAGGCGGGACGUGGAGACACAGCUGGGCUGAUUGGACCCAGCACAGCAAGUGUCCCUGCAGAC